UCAGGUCACCCGUCACGCUCCUCUCUCCCUGGAAUUCUGCUCGCGUCUGGGAGUCUCAGCUCUUUCCAGAACAUCUGCGGUUUUCCAGAUUUCCAGAGAGAUUUUUCAAAGUUUUGGUUCGUCGAGGGCGUUCCUCAGGCAUCGUUUCAUCAUGUGAAACCAUGAGCAUGCUCAACGAGUGUCUGAAGAACUCCCCAGCAAUUAUCUCUCCACAAAAGCACAACUGCAUCUUCAGCCCCACUGACGCUGUCGUCAGGAAAGUCAGCAACAUCAGCAGUAGCAGCAGCAGCAGCCAAGUCCCGAACACCCACUCAUACCCUCCAUUCAAUGCUCCUCUUCUAGUGGUGUCUCCCACUUCUCCCGUGGGCACGCCGUCCCGUCUCCCUGUGGUCGUUCCAAGGCAGAUUAGCAAGCAAGUAGCUCCUGUUAUCAACUGUACAUCUUGGCUGAACUCUGAAGAGGUAAAGAACACCACUGUUGAUCAACACGUUUCUAGUGGCCAGCCGUCCCUAUCUCGCAAAGAAGAUCUACAGAUAUUGACGACAUCCCAGAAGCCUGGGUUUCGUGGUUCAAAGAUCCCUGUAAGAUCCGCCAGAGGGAGCAACAACCACGGCCUAAUCGUCUACCCUACUCCGUGUGCGAGCAGGUCCAAGAGCUUGACCAACUUAACAACUGACGAUUUCUCGUCCACUUCAGCCGAUUUUCGGUACCAGCAAUUCGAUACCUCGUCCCAGAAGUCAUUCCAACACAGGGCCUCGCCUUCGUUUAUCGGGAACGCCGGCAGUAGCUCUUCCCACCAUCAGAUCCAGGCCCCAAAGCCUAGGUCUCAGGGAUUUCCCGCGCCGGCAAGUACUUCCAGGCCACAACUCCGCCAGCUCUCGACAUCCAGUUCGAAUCUUUCCUUGUCCAGUCUUCAGUCCCCUCCCAGUCCCUCGUCCGUCUACCGUUUCUCGCCGAGGGUAGUCCGCCGAAGCUGCGAGGAGCCGCCGAAGGCUUCUCAUGAGCCCUACGAGACGCCCCAAUACUUCACUUUCCAUCUAACCCUGCGAAGUCCGGCGAAGUCCCCUUCAAGACAGAGUUUGAGACCUGUAUCGAGGUGUUGUAACAACAAUUCUUUUGGAAGUUCUCAUACGAAGGCCUCCCUAGCUGCAACCAGGUGUGUAGAAGACAUGAUACUGCAAACUUGUGCAGUGCCCUCACCUGAGAUGCUGCAAACCGUUCGCCUCCCCCACUCAAUACACAUGCCCCAGGUACCAAGCUGUGAGAUCUCAAUCGAAAGCGAUAGCGAUUACAAGGGAGAAAACGACUUGGACUCGGAAUCUGUGACCACAUCUCGUAAUCCCCGAAACGAAGAAGAAGAAGAAGAAGAAGCUGAACAUAAACAAAGGCAUAUGAUAAAUGAAGAUUGUGUUAACAUGAACAACAAUAAAGAUUCCAGCGCAGGAAGCAACAAGAGUUUGUCCAGUCAGGCAACCACAGUACCGUCGCCCUUCGAACUGGGAUCAAUUGAAGAUAUUCAUUGUCUCAGCUUUGGCAUAGUGGAUUACCUGAAUGCUGUCAUGAAGUUUCAGGACUCCGAGAAAGACGAAACCGAGAGCAACUGUAGCGACUGCGGUUCAGGGCUGACCAUCAGCCCCCCAACCCGCUUAUCUGACAAUGACUCUGCCAUUGAGCCCCUUCCCGUCUCCUCAGACGCUCCCCUGAAGGGAAACCAGUCACCCAGACCCUCCUCCUCUCUCCCCAGGAACAAACCCGACAUCAGGAACAUGAAGUGGAGAAGCUCCCAGGAGCUCAUGACGAGGCCCACGAAGAGGAGGCUCCUCCAGCGGCAACUGUCUGACCUGGCACUGAGAAGUCGCCUGCAGGAGAGGAACUUGCAAGGGACCUCCGUGCAGGUUUACGACGGCAACAUAGGCGUCUCCGUCAUCACGCUGCCCAGGAGUAACAGGAGCUCGGCGCCUCUGAGGAAACCGAGCAGACGGUGCCUUUCGGCGAUGGACAAGCACCUCGCGAGUCACUUCUCUCCUCAGAGGUCUUGUGACUCCCCAAGGGCGGACAGACGAUUGGUUCACGAAGAGUCCGGAGACAGCAUCGAAUACGGUUACCACGACUCGCUCAUCGCCGAGCCCUCGGACACGGAAUUCGGCGAACAGAUGGACAUUGACGAAAAUGUCGAUGAAAAUGCUUUCCAUUCGACCGAUUCACCCCCACAAGUCAAUUCGGGGUCACCGGAUUCUCUCUCGAAACGGAGCGAUUCACGGAGCGAGAAACGCAACACUUCUGGAGGGAGAUUUCACGGGAAAACUGGACAGAACUUCGGGACGAACAUGAAAUUUUCCAGUACAAACAAACCGGUCAAGGCAGAGGGGGUAGUACUCUCCUCCUCCUCCUCCUCCUCUAAGCUGGACCUCCUAGCAGAGCCUGAGAUAGACCGGGUCCUUGGCAUCCUAGAAGACGAUGGAAUGGGUCCUGGGCUGAGUGAGGAUGAGAUGAAUACAACAGACUCACCGCCAACCAACUGCGUCCACCCAUCACCCAGGGGGGUGGGGGGAAUGAUCAGCCCCCACAAGAUCAUCUGGUACCUGCAGGAAUCGCGGCGCCGGAGCAACGAGAGCGCGAUCCGCCGCAUGCAGCCCCUCCCUGUCCACCACGAAACCGCCUCCGCCAACGCCCCCAAGUACAUCCGGGCGGACCGCGACGGGUCGCUACGAAACGUCAGCGUCUCCGAUACGUCCCAGCCAGCUAGCGCGGUCAGGCGCUCGUCACGUCAGCAGCAGGUCCGCCAGUACUCGGAGUCGUCGCAGUACGACAGCAGCGCCGAGGAGAGCGACACGGGCGCCGAGCUGUCGGAGCUGGAGCGGUGCGUCCUGUCCCUGACGCACCGCAGGAGCCAACUGAGGAAGCAGGACACGAACGCCUAUCUAAUCGCCCCUCCCGAAUACAAAAUUGGCGACGAGGUCUCGACCGUCCUGGAAGACAGUUGAUGAGGUCUCGGCGAGUUCAUUUCUUUUCCUUCUUUCUAGGGGCCACCCAGAGUCGCACCAGUGAUUAUAAAUUUGUCUAUAAUAGACCCGUAUACAUAUAUAUAUUUUUUGUAAUAUAUUUUCUUAAUCAUAGGAGCGUAGGAGACUGAUGGAUUUCAUUAGUAGCAUUGUCGAUGUACCUCACGCUUGAGUCAUGUUAUAUUACACUGAGGCUAAUCUAUUGUAUAACCACAAGAAAUGUUACAUAAACUCUCU